GGCUAAACUGCUUAGCUUACUUUUCUGUUGUCUUCAUUUGAAGCUCAGAAGUCGAAGAUUAAGUUGAGUCUGAGAAGUCAGAAAAAUGGAAGAUUCCUUCGACAAACUAACGAUGGAAGACCCGAUCUUAGAUGAAGAUUCAACUAAAAGAACGGAAAAUACUUCAACGGAAUUACGAGUUCAGAAUCUGAAUGUCCAGACCAUGGUGAUACUAAAGCAAGAAUACAAUGGUGCAGUUAACGCAAAUAUUGUCACAAUGGGAGCUUCCAACGUCACAAUAAAUCAAGAAAAAGACCAAAAUGUGCAGUUAGGGAGAACGGAAUCUGGUGACGAUACAGUCUGGCUGACAGAAUCAAUUUCGAUGUCGCAAAAUGAAAAGAUAUCAAAGUAUGGUCUCGUUUACAUAGGUCAACAAAUCCAUGGAGAAUUUGGUGUCACUCCAGUUGCAGUAAAACUAAUACCGCAUAACACAGAAAAUGAGAAAGAGGCGAAAAUCCUCGUGAAACUGAGUCGCCACCCAAAUGUCGUUAGCAUGAUACAAUCAGGUAUUUACACAUCUGGCCCCGUGAAAUACAUAUUCAUCGUUAUGGAGAUGUGCAGAAACGAAACGCUCCGUGAAUUUGCGAAUAGCUGUGAAGACUUGACGGAGGAAAUCAGAAAGACUUUCACAAAACAGCUCGUUCAUGGCCUCGCCCACAUUCACGAAAAGAAAAUAAUUCAUCGUGAUUUGAAACCGAGUAAUAUAUUGGUCACACUCGACGGAAAACAUCUUAAAAUUUCUGAUUUCGGCGUGAGCAAAGAAAUGAGAAGCGGACGAGCCGCCACGGCCUUGACCUAUGCACGAGUCGGCACUGACGGAUGGAGAGCCCCAGAAACAUACAACAAGGAUAUCAUUACUCAAAAAGCUGAUAUUUUUUCUCUCGGUCUUGUCUACUUUUUCAUGUGGAGUGGGGGUCGCCAUCCUUUUGGUAGCGAUCCAGAUGACUGGAACAAGAAUAUCAAGAAAUAUAUCAACAGGGAUUUCCAUCAUCUUGUGAAAAUGGGAACAUCAUACGUCAUAGAUUUGAUAGCGUGGAUGUUAGCAUUCGAUGACGCAGAAAGACCGACAUGUGAAGAAAUUAAACAACAUAGAAUGCUUGGCGGCAUAAUGAGAUGCCCUAGUUUGCUCAGAAUGGUAUCUUCACCAGUAGUAGUUGGGGGUGGUUCUUUCGACAGUUCAAGACGCCGAUUUUAAAUGCCUAUCUUUCAAAUGGUUUCAUUUUCAACCAUUGGCAAUCUAAACGUUUCGUGUUUUGUUUGAAUCUUCUUAGCUCAAACCAGACGAAAUUCUGUCGUGGCACAAUCAAAUCCGAAUGCAAACUAUUUCCAUCAAUCAGAAAUAUUUACCAAUAACUAAUUGAGGGUCUUGUAAAGGAGUCUACUCUCGUUAAAUCAGGAAUAAGUAUAUAGAACAUCAAAAAAUAUUCUUAAAGGUCAUGCCGGAUUCAUGAGUCCAAACCUGACAUGAAUGAACAACGGCCCAUGGGCCAAAUGCGGCCCGUUGGGUAAUUUAU